AUGGACGAGUCAGAGUCAACCGCACCCCAGCAGGCCAUCGUCCUCACCAUCCGCCCAUCCUCGGGCUCAACCUUCACCACCGCCAUCUCCACCGACAGCACCGUUCUCCAACUCAAGGAGAAGCUCGCCACCGCUGACUUGCCUGCUGCCUCAAUUCGUCUCGUCUACUCCGGACGAGUCCUCAAGGAUGACGACCAACUCUCUGUCUACUCUAUCAUGGAGGGCCACACCUUGCACAUGGUCAAGAGUGCCACCAACCGAGCCAACGAGCAGGCGGUUCAGACUGUCCGACCCAAUGCCAACAGCAACGCAGGAGGACCAGACGGAUUCGAUGAACAAGCCAUGAUGAGGAGUUUCCUCGAGAACCCAGCGAUCAGAGACAUGAUGUCCAACCCAGAAAUGCUCCGCAGGGUGAUGAUGUCCAAUCCCCAGACGAGAGAGGUCAUGGAGAAUAAUCCCGAAGUUGCUCAGAUGCUCAACGACCCUGCCUUCCUUCGUCAGUCACUAGAUAUGGCCAGGAACCCAAAGCUCAUGAAGCAGGCCCUCAGGAACAAUGAUAGAGCACUGUCCAACAUGGAGAUGAUCCCUGGAGGAUUCAACCAUCUGCGCAGGAUGUAUCACAAUGUCCAGGAACCCAUGGAGGCUUCGCGAAGCGCUCCGCAGCCCUCGACUGAUGACUUGAACGAACGAUUCGCCGCUCGCCUCAAUGCCGACACCCGACCUAACGCCGGAACCCUUAAUAAUACAGCCCUCCCUAAUCCCUGGGCACCCCCACCAAGAAGUAACAACGCAACAGGCUCGAUGGGUGGAUUUCCUGGCAUGCCUGGCAUGGGCGGGAAUGGUGGCGGGAUGGGAUUCAACCCCUUUGCCGGCAACCCCUUUGCAGCGCUUGGUGGCCCUGGUGCAGGCGCCGGAGCAGGAGCAGCAGGAGCAGGAUCAAACGCAGCAAGUGGCGCCCAGGCUUUCCAGAACCCAUUUGCUGCAUUGAUGGGUGGCCAAGGCGUGGGUGGCCAGGGUGUGGGUGGCCAGGGUAUGGGUGGCCAGAGCAUGGGUGGCGGAAAUCAGGCGGGCAGUCCCUUUGGAUUCCCACCCAUGGGCAACAACCCUGAGAUGUUUCAACAAAUGAUGCAGUUCAACCAAAUGAUGCGGCAAAUGGAGCAGCAGCAACAGCCACACACAUCACAGCCAUCGUCACAACUUCCUCCCAGCAUGCCUUCCUUCGCCAACAUGUUUGGUGGAUUUCCUCCUGUGGCACAUCCUUCGAGCGCCACAACACCAACUGCUUCUUCGGCAUCAGCGGCAGCGACUACGGCAGCGACGCCUGCGGUACCGACACAGCCGCCAGAAGAGCGAUUCGAGAUGCAAUUAGCAUCGUUGCGGGAUAUGGGCUUCUCUGACAAUAGCCGGAAUCUGCGGGCACUGCUUGCGUCUGGAGGCGACGUUGAGUCCGCGAUAGAGUUUCUGUUGCGGAUGUAA